AUGAACGCCUCCGUCACCACCCCGUUGCUUCAUGGACACGCCGACCUCGACGAUGUCCGCGGUUUGCCAACACCCGCCUCUUACGGCCAGAUACAAGACCAUCCUGCUUUUCUUCGGGCAUGUCAUUCACCAUGGCGAUGUUUCCCCCAGAACCUCCUGUGUUGGGUUCGAGGUGGUGUCGUUGCCUACCUAACGGCAGUCGGCGCUAUGGUGCUGGACUACAAGCUGCGCCAAGAGUCUGCGUACUCAAACUGGCGCGUCGUCUUUGACUUCUCCGUCGUCACUUUUUCCCUGCUCUUGGCCUACCACGCGGUUGUCCUGGGGUGGACGUACACUCAUCUCUACCAUCCGCACAUCGAGGAAACUCGCACUGGCUGGGAAUACUGGGCGCUGAGGGUAUUGUCGCUGCCUGAUGACAUGGCCAGCCUCCGCAAACAAUUCUACUUCACCUUGUUCUAUACCGUCGCAACUGUUUUCACCUUCAUGAACACCGUCAUCUACUGGUUCGUGACACUGGAACACGAUGACAAGGGAAAUGGCGAGCCGCCCCAGCCCCAGCCAUCUGGAGACUCGGCUGUGCCUUACAUGAUCAGGGACUCCUUGGGGUACGAAUGGACUCGCUUGGAGGAUGCUCACAAGAACGGGCCGCACGAACCCUUCACGGAGAUCUUUGGCAAGGGCUGGUUCAAGGCCUUUGUCAUUCUCAACCUGUUCGGCGUGACAUCGAUCAUCUCUCUUUUUGAGAUCUUCUAUCUCAACAGCAUCAAGCGCCCCUUUGCGGUCGGAGCACAUACUUUGGGCGUCAUCUUCUUCGCGGGUCUCUAUCUCGGUUGGGCAGCCAUCGGCAAGCUCGAGACUGGUGCCGAUGCCUUUUACUGGCUGAACGAGAAGGAGGUCGGAUCCCGUGAGGCCGUGGUGGCGUCGUCGAUUGGAUUCGUCAUCCUCGCUCCCAUCAUGUACGCAUUCUUGUACGGUCUCGUUGGUAUGCGCGAGAACAUUACCCGAGCUGCCCACACGAGACGGGUUGCCGCCGCUGCCGCGGUAGCGGGCCAGUGA